AUGGCAAUAGCCUCGACAAUUUUACUUGUCUUCCCCACUAUCCUCCUACCGCCUGUAGGUGUUGGUAUGGUGUCCGGGUGUGGUGCUGAUCUUUUAAUCAAUAUAAUCUUGACAGUACUUGGAUAUUUUCCUGGGCUUAUUCACGCGUUUUACCUCGAAUAUAAUCACUAUGAGCAGCGUGAAAAUUCACAACUCGGUUGCCAUCCCGCUGCUAGUAUGCCUGGUAACUUCAUUAGGCAAGACCCAAAUGGUGGCUUCGUCCAUUUUAGUGUACUCAUUCCAAUUGCUGGGUCCGUCCAAAAUAGUGGCCCCAAUAAUGAUCGGCCCAGUAAUGCUUGCCCCGGUUAUGAUACCACAACCGAUUCUGAAUAUAUUAUAUGGGAUUAA